AUGGAGUCCAUCCGGGUGGUGCCCUGCGCGGGUACGGAGAUCAACACCUGCGUUCCGCUGGAGCCAAGGUGGAUGAAGACGGCUGAGCUUGUUUGCGUGUGGAUCUUUACCUUGGAGAUUUUGCUGCGGCUGAUCUGCGCGCCUCAGGCGCGAAGGGAGCUGUUGAACCACCGCUUCCUGAUCGCGGUGAUCACGGAUCACCAGAGCCAAGUGCAGGGAGCCCCUGGAUGGAAUACUAUUAGGGCCUGA